AUGGCCCAAAUCUUUCUUGAUGGGCUUCCUCAAGUCAACUUCGAAACCUUACCAUCGGAAAGCAGAUGCAUGAUUUGCCUGGAGGUGUAUGGAACCAAUCUAGAGGAUGAUGGUGCUGUGGAAGUCGUGGUUCGCCUGCCCUGUGGUCACCACGUCGGCGCUCAGUGUAUUCGAAUAUGGUUGUCUCCCAAUGAAGAGGCCAGAAACUCAUGCCCAGCUUGCAGAAGGGCAUUCUUCCCAGCCCAACCUCGGCCAUAUAUGGAGCAUGGAACAAUUGAGCAGGAGGAAGAUGACUUGGAGGACGAAGAAGAUGACUGGCAUGGACCCAGCGGCAGAACGAAUCAUCCCCGUAGAGCGAAUCUAGGCGUCUUCUUCCUGGAUGUUCUGCGCAUGGUUGGGGAAGCUGGCCAACCUCCACGACCAGGGCAAGAAGUGCCGCAAAUGGAGGCGAUGGAGGAGUAUACGCAAGACCGAGUACGGGGUUGGUGGCCUGAGUUCUUUCAGACUACCACCGAACAGUACCAAGAAAGUAUUCGACGUGCCAGGGCGGUCAUCACAACACCCAGAGUACCGCCUCCAGGAGCGAGCGUGAGUCAUUGGUCGCCAUACCCCUACUUACAACUCAGCGGAUCUGAGUCAAUCAAUCCCGAGGAAGGAGACCCUCAGCAUCUGGAUAAGGUUGUUCAGGCUUUAGCGACCGCCUUUCGGACACUGUCUUUCAGGGAGACCAUAGUAUACUCGAUUCUCCGGGAUUCCGGUGCUCGUGAUCGAUUUCCGUCAUCAUCGGAGGAUCUGCUCCAGCCGCUCAGCGCCGAGCAAGAGGAGGCGCUCUUCCGAGAGAUGGAGAGAAGAGGAGCUUUGGGGAUGGACUUUGGGCGUGAGUAUAGUGGCUUGAAUAACAGCCAGAGAUGGCAGGUGCAUCGUGAGGAUGGAGAGACGUGGAAUCCUUAUAGCGGGUUGUGGUCCCCGGAUUGGAGUGAGUGA